CGGCCCAGGGGAAUGGGUGGGUAGCGGGUGUCCAGGGAGUAGGGUUGGGUGUGAGUGGACUGCACCGGGCUCGGAGAGUCUGAGCCAGGAGCGGAGCCUGCACCCUCCACCAUCUGCCCUUCGGGAAAUAGAACUGAGCCAAGAGGCAGGUGCACCGGGCAUAUGUGUCUGAGUCCUGUUUGACAGAAGAGAAACUGAGUCACCAGCUCAGGAGCUGUAGGGUCAGCGGGCCUAACGGGGAGUGGGACUGCCUGUGGUGUAGAGGGUUGGGUGGGCCUGUAUGAGCUUAGGUGGCCUCUCUCUGGAGAUUGAUUUCUCUUAUGUGUCCGCACCUCUUGGCUCAGUUCCCCUGUGCUCCAUGACUCUUGCAUCUCUUGGCUUCUUCUCGUUGGUUUGGAAUUCUCCCUGUGGUUGGAGCCAUCUGAGUGUGUAGGGCCUAGGCCAAGGAGGAAGGGGAGGGAUUGCUGAUUGCGGUUCUGAACAGAAAUCUGAGGGUUUGGGGAGACUUUCCUGAGCUACCCUUACCCCAGUCCUGGUGCCAAUCAUCUUCCAGUAUAAUAUGGGGGAGGAACACUAACAAAAGAGUCAUGGGUUGUAAAUUCCAUGCCCAGAACUGCCAUUUGCUAGUUGUAAGACCUUUGCAAAUCUCUAAUUUCUCUUUUAGAAGAUAGGAACCCAUAAAGAUAGUAGUAAUGGCAGUCAUUUAUUUUGUGCUUACUUUUUACCAAGCACUGAUGUGUUCCAUUUAAUUCUCCUGACAAUUCUAGGGAUUAGGGAUCAUUAAUUCUGUUUUAUAGAUACAAAAACUGAAGCUCAAAGAGGACAUAUAAUUUGUUCAAAAUCACACAGCUAAUAGGCAUCAGAGCCUGGAUUUCAUCCCAAGUUUUACUCCAUAACCCAUGGCCUUAACCAGCAGGCCAGCCAGCCUUUAGGGCACACUCCCCAGCGAGAGGAGAAGGAGGUGAAAAGUCCUAGAACCCCAGCUUCCUGUUGUGUUUUAUUUACUUUGUGGCCAGCAAAGACUUGCCCCGACCCGACCUAUAGUCUUUCCUCACCUGGUGCUGCUGCCUCUGAGCCCCAGACUAAAGGGGCACCAAAGAAGUGGGCUGUGACCAUUCCAAGCCUUCCUCACACACCGCUUGGGUGCUGGGCCCUUGGGUCAGCUUUCAAGACAAUUGAUGUUUGAAUCCAUCAUCCAUCCAUCCAUCUCAGUGAGCAACUUCCCUCCUCAGAACUGGACCUUAGGAUACAUGAGGCAGGGUCUCUAAGGUCUGCAGGCCUAGCUCCUCUGAGAGCUGGGGCAGUGAGGGACUAUGACUGAGUUUGGUCCAGUGAGUCUCUGGUUACAAGGACUGUGCAGUGGGAAAAACAGUAGACUUGGAAGUCUGAAACUGUUAUGAGCUUCGGUUUCUUCAUCUGUUAUAGAGGUUAUUAAAAUCUCUCCCAGGGAAAGGCAAGAACAGCACAUGAGAAGCAUAUGAUACAUAUUGAAGGGUCCGUUUUAGAGAAGGGUAGUGAUGUGAACAAGAUUCCUUUUUAGAGGAAGGUGCUCCACAGCCAUUUAUCACUCCGAGAACCAAAAUCUGGAAAAGUGGGUUGGAAAGGCAGAAUAGGUGCGGGCUAGACGUUGGGGAACCGGUUGACUAAGGCUUGUGGGGUGUGAGGAUCUUGGAAAGGGUAGAGAAGCAUUUGGUGCCCUUCCCCAUUGCUCUCUGAGGAGUCUAGACCAGAGUAGGGAAUCUGGCUUGGGUGGGGCUCGGCCCCCAGUCCCACCUCAGCAGUGACUCGGUGUAUGUGCCUUUCUUCCUUCUGCAGCUGCUGCCGCUCACCCCGUGUCUUCUGGCCGCUUCCCUCUUUGCAGCCCCUCCCCACAGGCUCCCCCUCUCCACUUCCUGGGGACCAUCAUGAAUGGCGCCCCUUCCCUGGAGGAUGGGGCCUUCCCCUCACCUCCCCCCUUACCACCACCCCCUCCCCCUAGUUGGCGGGAGUUCUGUGAGUCCCAUGCCCGGGCUGCUGCCCUAGAUUUUGCCCGCCGUUUUCGCCUCUACCUGGCCUCCCAUCCCCAAUAUGCAGGACCUGGGGCUGAGGCUGCCUUCUCCCGCCGUUUUGCUGAGCUCUUCCUGCAGCAUUUUGAAGCUGAGGUGGCCCGGGCCUCUGGCUCCCUCUCACCACCCAUCCUGACUCCUCUGAGUCCUGGUGUGGAGAUCCCACCACAUGACCUGUCCCUUGAGAGCUGCAGGGUAGGUGGGCCCCUGGCUGUGCUGGGCCCUUCUCGAUCAUCUGAGGACCUGGCUGGCCCCCUCCCUUCCUCGGUCUCUUCCUCUUCUACGACCUCCUCCUCGAAGCCGAAGCUAAAGAAACGCUUCUCCCUCCGCUCAGUGGGUCGCUCCGUCCGAGGUUCAGUCCGUGGCAUCCUGCAGUGGCGGGGGACCGUUGACCCUCCCUCCCCAGCCGGGCCCCUAGAGACCUCAUCGGGCCCCCCAGUGUUAGGUGGAAACAGCAACUCCAACUCCUCUGGUGGGGCUGGGACCAUUGGCAGGGGACUGGUUAGUGAUGGAACAUCCCCGGGGGACAGAUGGACUCACCGUUUUGAGAGGCUGAGACUCAGUCGGGGAGGAGGGACCUUGAAGGAUGGAGCAGGGAUGGUGCAGAGGGAAGAGCUGCUGAGUUUUAUGGGGGCUGAAGAGGCAGCCCCUGACCCAGCUGGAGUGGGCCGGGGAGGAGGGGCAGCUGGGCCUACCUUGGGGGGAGGAGGGCAACCUCAGUGGCAGAAGUGUCGCUUACUGCUUCGAAGUGAAGGAGAAGGAGGAGGAGGAAGUCGUCUGGAGUUCUUUGUACCACCCAAGGCAUCCCGGCCUCGACUCAGCAUUCCCUGCUCCACCAUCACGGAUGUACGGACAACCACAGCCCUGGAGAUGCCUGACCGGGAGAACACAUUUGUAGUUAAGGUGGAAGGCUCCUCGGAGUAUAUCCUGGAGACAGCUGAUGCUCUACAUGUGAAGGCCUGGGUGUCUGACAUCCAAGAAUGUCUGAGCCCGGGACCUUGCCCUGCUACCAGUCCCCACCCCAUGACCCUCCCUUUGGCCCCUGGGACCUCAUUUCUUGUAAGGGAGAACACAGACAGCCUGGAGCUGCCCUGCCUGAAUCACUCAGAGAGUCUGCCCAGCCAGGAUCUACUGCUGGGACCCAGCGACAGCAAUGACCGCCUGUCACAGGGAGCAUACGGGGGCCUCUCAGAUCGCCCCUCAGCAUCCAUCUCACCCAGUUCCGCCUCCAUUGCCGCCUCCCAUUUUGACUCAAUGGAACUGCUUCCCCCAGAGUUGCCACCCCGUAUCCCCAUUGAAGAGGGACCCUCAGGAGGGACAGUUCAUCCCCUCUUGGCCCCCUACCCACCUCUGGACACUCCGGAAACAGCCACAGGGUCAUUCCUGUUCCAGGGGGAGUCAGAGGGAGGUGAGGGGGACCAGCCCCUCUCAGGGUAUCCUUGGUUCCACGGGAUGCUCUCUCGACUCAAGGCUGCCCAGUUAGUACUGGCUGGAGGCACCGACUCCCAUGGUGUUUUCCUGGUACGUCAGAGUGAGACGAGGCGGGGCGAAUACGUCCUCACUUUCAACUUCCAGGGCAAGGCCAAGCACCUGCGUUUGUCGUUGAAUGAGGAGGGUCAGUGCCGGGUCCAGCACCUCUGGUUCCAGUCCAUUUUUGAUAUGCUCAAGCAUUUCCGGGUGCACCCCAUCCCCCUGGAGUCUGGAGGCCCGAGUGAUGUUGUCCUUGGCAGCUAUGUUGUGUCCUUCCAGCGACAGCAGGGUGAGCAGAGCAGGUCUGCAGGGGAAGAGGUGCCCGUGCACCCAAGAAAUGAGGAGGCCGAGAGCAGGCCGGGAGCCAUGCAGGGGUGUGCGAGGGAGAUCGAUGCUACCCCGAUGCCUCCUCCACCCUCAUGCCCUUCGGAGCGAGUGACUGUGUAACCGAACACCUCCCACGACCCACCCCCGCUCCCUGAACCCCCUUCAUGGACAGAUCCCCCACAUCCUGGGGCAGAAGAGGCGUCGGGGGCGCCAGAAGUGGCGGCAGCAACAGC